UAUAUUUCAACAUAUAUGUAGAGUUGGAGAGAGAAAGAGAGAGAGACACAGAGAAAAAAGGAAUGAUGGAUACAAGCAUCCAAAAAGUCAUACACAUAGACCUUCAAAAGUCUUCACCUUAAAUUCCUAACACAUAUAUGUGUUAGUGUGUGAUCUUUGGUUGAACUUUGUCCAAAGAACUCCAAGAUAGACCAAAAAGUUUGAAACCCCCCACAACAAACAACCAAAAACAGCCAAAUAGCUAGAGACCAAGAUGAGAUCAAGCAGCCAAAGUUCCGAAAACUCCAAGACUUUUCCAUCUAACAACUUCAAAGCAACCACCAAGAAAGAAGAAGACAAAAAUGAAGAAGAUGAUGAAGAAGAAGAGGAGGAUGAAGAAGAGAGAUCAGGAGAUCAGAGCCCAUCUAGCAAUAGCUAUGUGGAAGAGAGUGGGAGUCACCAUCAUCAUAAUCAUGAUCAGAUCAAGAAGAACGGUGGAUCUGUGAGGCCGUACAACCGCUCCAAGACUCCGAGGCUGCGAUGGACACCAGAGCUUCAUCUUUGCUUUCUUCAAGCUGUGGAGAGAUUGGGUGGACCAGAUAGAGCAACACCGAAGCUUGUUCUUCAAUUGAUGAACGUUAAAGGACUAAGUAUUGCCCAUGUCAAGAGCCAUCUUCAGAUGUACAGAAGCAAGAAGACCGAUGACCCGAAUCAAGGAGAUCAAGGAUUUUCGUUUGAACACGGAGCUGGUUACAAUUACAACCUUAGCCAACUCCCAAUGCUGCAAAGUUUUGAUCAAAGGCCUUCUACUAGCUUAGGAUAUGGUGGCGGUUCGUGGACCGACCAUAGACGGCAGAUCUACCGUAGCCCUUGGAGAGGCUUAACGGCACGAGACAAUACAAGAACAAGACAAACACUGUUUAGUUCACAGCCUGGCGAGAGAUUUCAUGGAGUUAGAAAUACUAUUCUUGAUGAUAAGAACAAAUCUAUUUCGUUUGGAAUCAGUUCACAUCAAGUGAUUCACGAGAAAAAUGGAGUAGCUGAAGUUGUUCCACGAGUUCAUAGAAGUUUUCUUGAAGGUAUGAAAACGUUAAAUAAAUCAUGGGGACAGAGCCUCUCCUCUAAUCCAAAUUCUUCGACCGCGACAAGACCACAAGAUCAUAUUGCCACGACACUAAUAAGUUCUUAUCAAAGAGACAAUCUGCGAGAGCCACAAGAGUCGGAGAAUGUUUUGAAGAGGAAAAUAUUGUUCUUGUCUGAUGAUUGCAAUAAGUUGGACCAAGAUUUGGAUCUAAGCUUGUCUCUUAAGGUACCUCGGAUACACGAACAUAUUGAAGGAUGCUUGUUAGAAGAUGAAGGAAAAGAGCAAGAUGAUCAUGAAGAUAGCAAGGUUUUGUCACUUUCAUUAUCUUCGUCGAGUUUAUCAAAACUCGAUCGAAGUAUUAGGAAAGAUGAUCAAAAUGAUGAUCAUAAAAAGAGAAAGAUUUCGGUCUUGGCAAGUCCCCUUGAUCUCACUUUGUGAAUAUAUAUAACAACCUAUAUAUAUAUAUAUAUAUAUACGUAUAUUCUAAGUGAGAUCUUGAGGUACUUGUUGAUGGAAGACGGACGGUUCUGUACUGUUUAUCAUUCGUUGCAUAUACUUGUGAUGACCAGACCCAUAACUAAGGUAAUAAUAGAGACUUUUUUUUUGACGUUUUUGGUCCUUUUUCCACAUAAUUUUGUCGAGAUGUUAUUAUUUAAAUAUAAAUGGUUGUGAUCGAAUUGUGAGCAAAAAUUUGUUUUAUUCUGAAUAGUGACCAAGAAAUAGAUUAGUGAGUCUAUAUGGUUUUGAGAGUUACAAGACAUUGCACGUUGUCUUGGUUGUGUCUUGUUGUGAGACGCUGCAAAUGUAGUGUAGUUCCCGUUUUCACUCACUCUCUCACACAAGUAUCCCAAGCCAAUAUUUUGUUCCCUUGCAUUGAGAUCUUGUCUGAAAAUUAAUUCAUUAACGUUAA